AUGUCGCCUACUCAAGUCAUGAUGAGGCCAUGCCGUUCGCCCUUCCAGCUGGACGGAUCAUCAGAGACAUACUUCAUGAGGUACCCUGGAUCAGCCGCGCUCCCGUCUCCUUCGGUUGAGCCUCUCCCCACCAAGCAGGAGCUCCUCGAACUGUGCGACACCGUCCGAACCUCUCUCCGCCAAAACAGAAGCCUGGGCCUCAAUGCAGACAGGAUCCAGAGCCUCCUCGAGAGGGCUCUCAAGGAAGAGCUGCGCCACACCCCGAUCCUCGAUUUCGAGACUCUCCAGUACGCCCGCCUCGACAGGCUCCUCGCCGACAUCCUCGACCCCGCCAACCGUCCUUCACCGCUACCUCUCCGCUUCCGUGCCGACAUGGCCGUCGCCGAGAGCUUGCAAAAGAUGUGGCGCGCGCGCUUCCGCGACCAGUACUUCGCCAUCGACCAAGUCCGCCAGCGCAGCCUCUCCGUCGGCGGCGAGAUGCGCGACAUUAGCUUUACCGCUACCGGCAAGGAUCCCCUCGAGUCCUGGACCGUCCAGGCUAGUUGCCGAGACCCCAUCUCCGAGCUCGAGGUAAACCAGCAGUUCGAGCCUGGCCACUGGUGGCUGAACCUGGCCUGCGCCCACCGCGACGGCAUCCUUGGCACCGCAGUCGAGAAGCCUACCAAGAGCAAGUACGGCAUCACUGCCCUUCCUCUCCUCACCGGCCGGGAGGAGCACAUCCGCGGAAACCUCUACCGAUACGUCCGCGAGGGUCGUCUGUCCGACAUGCACGUCUCCCUCCUCACCCAAGUCGGUACCCAGAUCCGCAUCCUCAGGGGCUACCGCCUCAAGAGCACCCUCGCUCCCCAGGCUGGUGUGCGAUACGAUGGCCUAUACACCAUCCGCCAGUACGGCAACAAGCUGGACGCCACCACCGACAAGUACCGCCUCGAGCUCCUUCUCGAGCGUGUUAACGGCCAGAAGGACCUCGAGCAGGUGCAGCAGAUCCCCCGCCCGUCGCAGAUCGACGACUGGCAGGCGUUUAAGAAGGUCGAGGCCGAGAUGGUCCGCCAGCGCAAGGGGGACGACGGCCUGCUCGACUUCAAGAUGCGCAAGGAGGAGGAGCGCAUCGAUCGCGAGCACUGGAGGCGCGCGAGCGAGUUCAAGGCCUCUCUUUGCCAGGAGGGAUGCGCCAGCAUGGGUAAAAACGACAAGAAGCCCGCCGACAAGAAGGACGGCGGAAAGUCCGGCGGUGGCAAGAAGGGAGGCAAGGGCGAGAGCGAGGACAAGGGCGGCAAGGCGAAGGGCGCGCAGUCCAUCAACGUCCGCCACAUUCUGUGCGAGAAGCAUGGAAAGAAGGAGGAGGCGAUGGCCAAGAUCAGGGACGGUGCCAAGUUUGACGAGGUUGCGAGGGAGUUCUCUGAGGACAAGGCCAGGCAAGGAGGCUCGCUGGGUUGGAAGACGAAGGGUAGCUUGGACCCCAAGUUCGAGGACGUCGCUUUCGCUCUAGCGACAAGCUCAACGUCAAGCCCCGUCAUUGGGGAGGCGAAGACGGAGUUUGGUUACCACAUCAUCAUGGUAGAGGGAAAGAAGUAG